ACUGCCAGUUCGGUUCCGCUCAACGGGAUUCCUCCCGAAGGCUACCUCGGUCCGGAUUGCGAAGGACCGGUUUAUUCACCAUCCGUUCCAGAGGAUUCCGUACUCUGGCCCGGGCCGCAUUUCGAUUGGCUAUCAACUCUACACCCGACAGCCACUCCGUAUGUUCCACAAGUAGGCGAUCGGUUAGUCUACAUUGUGCGUGGACACAAAGACUAUUUGGCUCAAUCCUGGCAGAACAAUGAACUUCCCACAUUGUCUCCUCCCACAGAACAUGGAGACAGUUUACCAACUACAACUGUGAAUCUGAAGAAUGCAUUGCCAUGGGUUUCUUGUCCCGGAAUUCCACCCUAUACAUGUGGUUCUGUUACUGAGAUUCAUUAUUCUACGGUUCGUACCAUAACGGACCACUCGACCAAUCGAAUGCCCACGACACCAUAUCGUGGAGUUCGUGCGGGUGCCGCCUGGCGUCGACGUGGUUCGCGAUCGGGAGUGAAACACGCUGGCACUUCGUCCAAACGUCUUCCCACCGGCUCGGAACCCACGUGUCAAUCAGGCCCUUCAGCCCAAACUGUCCCACCGGUGGCCUAUUCAGGGGACAGUUUUGUUCGUCUAGUCACACUGCGAUUACGAGUGGAUCCGGACGAUCAACCGUACGCUCACUUGGCGAACCCGAGCAAUUUCGCGGGCACUCGAUCGAGCUGGAAAUCGAACAAUACCGACAGUGGGGGUGACCUUUUCACCUGCCCCGUGGGUGAUGUUUGGUGGACCGGUUGCGUGUUGCAUUCUCCUCCCAAUUUUCUGUCCGAUCCGCAUGCCAUAUGCCAGCCUAGUACGAGUUCAGCUCCGGCACUUCCACAUUGUGUAAAAGAUCCAUGGCUAUCUUGUUUGAUCCGUUGGAUGGACGAGGAUCAGUCCACUGUGGAUUCAAUGCUGGACGGGCCGAAUUUCCUCCCCGUUUCCGACUUGACAGAUCUCCUCGACAGGGACACGGAUUCUCGGGAUAAUUUACCGGAAAAUGUGGACCGAUUGAGCCCUUGGGAUAUGCAUCCUCCUUAUCCCAAAUCAUCAGACGAGCAGGCAGAAGAUCGACCCCAUUCUGUCUACCCAUCGCAGACGCAAAUGAGACAAAUUUAUGGCGUUCCAUUUGGAGAACCAUAUGAAAGCUUGUCCGUGCAUAAAAGGGAAUACAAGGGGAAAUGUCGUCAACUGAACAGUUGGAGCACUCAGACACAAACUCUGUUGGAAUGCUUUCAAGAGAUCAUGAAACUACCUGUGAGCGAGUUGUUCAGUCACCCGGUCGAUUUAGUCUCCUAUCCGGACUAUUUGUUUGUCAAUCCGUAUCCGGUUGACUUAACUCUCAUUGUCGCUCGUCUCUCGACCGGAUUCUAUCGGCAACCGGAAGCGGUGCGUUCAGAUUUGCAGCACUUGCUGGACAAUGCUGUCCGAUACAAUCGACCGGACAGUGCGGUUGUGCAGCAUGCACGUUUGGUGUUCCAGUUGGCCAUACGUGCACUGGACGAUAUUCGGUUCAAGCCGUGCCACAUCUCCAAGGAGUACGAUCGUUUGCUCUCCAGUGAGCCACAGUCCACUCAAAUCCCUUCUGGAUCAUCUGCUCGACGCUCUCACUCACGUUCCAAGUCACCAGGCCAAGAGACGGAACGUUCCCAGAUCACACCGCAACGUCGUGUCGAAACUAACGCGAAUGACGACCACCUGUCUUCACCUUGCGAGACCCGCGUGUACAGUACUUCCACCCGACGUGUGCGUCGAAGUCAACGCAAACGACCAUCCCGUUCUCGUACCGAUAGUUCAUCUGAGACUAAAACAUGUAGUCUACCGGACGGGGAUGAGGAGAGCGAGGACCCGCUGGAACCGGAUGGUACAGAGCCUUGUGCUUGUUCAUUUCUACCCAGCCAAUGGGUCCCACGUUGUAUGACCCUUAUGAAACGGUUGUGCUCACAGGAUCGGAGCAUGUUUUUCCGUGAACCGAUCGAUACCAAAUUGUAUCCAGACUAUCGGGAUAUUGUUUCUGUGCCCAUGGAUUUGUCCACUAUACAAAAGCGACUACGCACUUCCCUGGACACGGCACAUCCUCGCAAUCGUGAGCUGCGGUCACGCUCUGGUUCGGGUGUUAGUCGCCGUCGACGCUCAUUCUAUGCUUGUCCACACGCUUUUAUCCGUGAUCUAUACCGAAUUGUACGCAAUUCGAAGCUCUAUAAUGAUGAUCCGGAAACCGUGGUCUAUGGGGACACACGGUGGUUGGAAGACUGGAUUGAACGGAUGAUAGUCAGUUCCCUCAGACGGCACGGACUACUGUUAUCAGUCGCUCGGGACUCAGAACCAAACGAACCCGAUAGACCUCAGGUCCCUCAAUGGCACAAAUCCCGCGAACGUUCGUCCUAUUUUCGUACGCGUUCACGUCUAACCAAUCGAUCCCGAGUGCGUGGACCCCCAUUGUACAAACGUCCCCGAACUGUUACUCGUGGCCAUCCAACACGUGAUAUUUAUUACCAAACAUCCGUCGAGGUCAGCACACAUUCAGAAUUGCUACAUCGAACGUCAAGUGGACGUGUGGUUAAACCGCCACUACGAAAUAUCGACACAAUACCGUACACUUUCUCACUCUCCUCGGACGACAGUCCAUCCGAUGUCCCGGACCAAGCCGGUGGCACAGUGAAACGCGGUCGUCGUGCACAGCGUCCGUCCUCCUCACCGCGACGCGCUUGUCUACAUCGAAGGAUCAUGAUCCAAUCACUUCUCAUCGGUCUGCUAAUCGGCGUUCCAAGUAUCUGGGCAAAUAUCACUCAACCCUCUGCGUUGGCAAUUCUGGCUCCUGGAUUUGAGGAGAUCGGACUGACCACUGUCGUAAGUGUGUUGCGUCGUGAACAAGUUCGGGUCGAUUUAGUUUCUUGGGAGGCGCAUGAAGGAGCGGUUCACGGUGAACAACAUAUCGGUGUGGACAUCGAUUCCCGAUUGCCUCCCAAAAAUAGCACUAACUACGGGGUGGUGAUUCUACCGGGUGGACAAAUGGCAGCCGACAAAAUGAGCAAGAACCGGGCCCUGGGAGAUAUGCUAACCAAGUAUGCACUGACCAGUACGUAUGUGGCUGCCAUUGGUGAGGCCCCUCUCGUUCUUCAAGCAUUCAAAUUGUUCACGGGCUAUAACAUCACUGCGAAUGUGACUCUGAAAAGUCAAUUGUCAACCAAUUAUACUGUCCUGUCUAAAGCUACAUUGGUCAAGUGUCAAAAUCUAAUCACAGUUUCAGGAUCUGCAUCGAGUUUUAGUCUGGCUGCUAAAAUACUGAAGUAUUUGUUCCCGAAUCAGAACAAAGAUAUUGAAAUUGCUGCUCAACUAUCUUUCCCAAUAGACUUCAGCACCGAAGUUGUCUAUCCGUAA